AGAAUGCAGUUUAAUCCACCCCCUGGGCAGAAUAACAUUGGGUACCCCCAGCAGGUCCCAGCCAGGCAGGGAGGAGGCAUUGGGGCCCCUCAUCAAUCAAAUCAUCAGAGGUCCAGUGACCAUGGAAACUUUUUUCCCCACCAUUCGUUAGCUCCACCAGGAAUAGGAUGGAAUAUCCCUGGACCUGACCAACAGCAAUCACCAUGGGGACAGAGAAGUGUCUCUCCAUGCUUGAACCAAACCAAUCCAUUCAAAGAUAAUUUUGUUCUGAACAAUACACCUUCAAGUGCAUCAAGCAGUGCUCAAAACAUCAGUAGAAAAAGUGCUACACAGUCGCAAAGGCAUUUACCUACGAGGCUUAAAACUUCUUCUAAGGAUACAGGUAACAGCUCUCCAUUGAUAACUCUUUCACCUGAGAAUACUCUUCAACGUAACAUGGAUGGUAAAGUGAAGACUUCCACUUAUAGCAUGGAUCUUGAAGGACUAGAUUUUUCAGUCUCAAGUUCAAAUUUAGGUUCUCAAAAACCUCUUAGUUCUUCAGCAGAGGAAAUGUCAACUAGCACUCAAAAGUCAGCAUACCCAGACUAUAGCCAUGUGUUUAAUGAAAUUCGAAGGGAACAAAAUGUAAAUAAUGUGGCACAGUUAAAUUCUUGUUACCCUAAAACACAGACAGGGACUUCUGGUGUUAACUAUGGAUGGAAUGUGUCAUAUCUGUCUGGAGAUAAUCAUCAAAAUUCUGUGAAUAAAUUGGAACCAUCAUGGCAAGGGAUGAGUACAGGGAUCCAGUCAAAGAGCCAGUUUUCUGGUUAUCAGUCUACAUUUAGGUCAAACUGGACAUACCAGAGUCCACGUCCAACUUACAAUGCCUGGGGAUAUAAUCCAAAUUUUAUUAUGCCAGCAGCUUCACCAACUUUGUUUCCAUCUCUGUCACAGGUCUCUAGUAGCAGUGACUUUGAUGAUUUACGUUUUCGUAAAGAAGAGGAUACUGAAGAGGAGGAAUCCGAUAUUUUUGGAGACGAUUUCGUACCACAGAGAGAUUUUGUGGAAGAGAAUCAGUCUCGUUCCAGGACUUCAAGUGAUUUAAUAGAAUUUGAAGAACCAGAGGAGAAGGAAUACAUGUCAUUGGAUUUAUUUGAUCCUCUCUAUUCCAGAACACGUAGGGAGUCUAUUAUUUAUCGGAGAAACUCUAUCUCAGGGGAAAAUGAUGUGUCAAAAAGUACUGAAAGUAAUGUGGAUUUUUCUGAGUUGGAAAGACCCCAGUCAGGACUGUACCCCACUAUUCCAGAAGAAGCUAAAGAUUUGGAAAAUUCACAGGAAAGUGUGUAUAGACCUGACCGCAGUGAUACAUUGUCUAGUACUGAUGCACUGGAACAGUUUUUGAGAUCUAGUUUUGUGGCACCUGUAGAAGAAACCAAGCCCGACAUCCCGGAACGUCCACCAUCAAUACUGCCAAGAGCAGCAUCAACUCAUGAGGGGCCAUAUGAGAAACUACAUAAACGAGUGUUUGUUGAUGAAGAGUCUGAGUCAUUUAGCCAGAUGGUGUCCAAAUUAAAGUCAAAAUUUAGUUCCAAGGACACCACUGUGAACAGAGGCUAUGUUGUCAGUGCGUUUUGUGAGAAACAUCAGCCCUCCAUGUCGGUCAAGAUUACCAUCCAUUCUGAUUACUCAGUGGAUCCUGUCAUUUUUACAUGUGAUGUUCAUAGUAAUGUAGAACAUGUGAUAGGCAACGUCCUGUAUAACCAUCUACAGUCUGAAGGCUGCAGUGCUGACGACUUUGUCCUUAAAGUCUAUGAUAAGACAGAGUAUCUACUCAAUGAUCACCCUCUGUCAGAGUAUGAGUAUGUCCACAAUUGUCUGAAGCUUGAUAAAGACAUAAGAUUUAUCAUGCUAAGAAAACAGGAUAUUCCCUUACCCUUCCUUAGAACAGCAGAUGAUGAUGAUCAGUUCCUGGUGUUUCCUAAGGAUUACGUGUCAGCCUCAGAAGGAGUGGUAUCUCAGACACAACUAGAGACUCUUAUGAACACUUUCUCUAAAGAAUUAGAAAGCCUAAUGGAUCAUAUACUAAAGAACAGCAUAGGACAGAUUCACACCACGGGAUUAAGCCAGUCUGUGAAGGCUAUCUGUACAAUACUAGCUAACAUACAGACUAUUGAGGUCACCAGGUGUCUGAAGAGAGCUGAGGAUAUAUUUCAACAAAUGCUAGAGAAUCAGAAACAACAAAGUGAAGGCUCAUCUUAUAGAGGAACCCAGGCAGCCAUCAGCAUUGCUACUCACUCCUCGCUGGUACAGGAGAUGCAGGAAAUGCUAGAACAGCUGAUGAAGGCCGUCAAUCAGCUGAUCAAGAUGUACUGCUCUGCCUUCCACACAGACUUCAUGUUGGGAUCACCGGUCAAAAAGAACUGGAAUGAGAAAUAUGUGACAAAAGUUGAAGAUGACUUCAUCAUUCAUAUUGCCACAGCUCAUAGAAUACCCACAGAAUGGAUUCAAAGGUAUGAUGAAUAUAAAGUUGUGUGUUCACUUCAUCAUGGAAGCAGGAAAAUUGGAGAUGAUGUUGUGUCACAAACAACAACCAAUCAGAAAGACCUGUGUGAUUUACUCAACUGGGAUCAGUGGCUGAGCUUUAAGGAUGUUUCUGUCAGUAAGUUACCUAGAGAGACACGGCUUUGUGUGACACUGUGUGGUAUGAAGGGGAUGCAGAAUACACAAAACAAUGAGGCAGCCAAAGUGUUAAUGGCACUAGGCGGGGUCACCAUGCAGCUAUACAAUCAGAAGGGGUACUUGAUCCAAGGCAGUCAGCUGGUUCCACUGAAAAUGAACAUGCCUGCUGAUCCAUUCAGUCCUUAUUGUUCAGUGUUAGAUAAAGAUACUGUACUAAUGCAAAUAAAUCUGCCAGAUUUUGGAGAAAAUAUUGUAUUUCCAGACAUUCUUCCAAAAAGUGGAAGUGAAAGGAAAAGUUUUCAGCAACUUUUGCCAGAAAUUCAGGAUAUUGUUGAUGGAGUGCUUGAAAAAGAUUGUAUAUCAUCAUGUCAAGCAGACGAGCUGGAGAUUCUGUGGAGAUAUAGACACUAUCUGUAUGAGCACCCUCAGUUGUUGCCAUGGAUACUACAGGGAUCUAAGGAAUGGGAUUAUUAUCAGCUGGCUGAUAUCAGUGGGUUGCUGCGGGAUUGGACUGUAUUAGAUCCCAUGCAGGCUCUGGAGCUUCUCCUUCCACAGUUCCCUGAUAGCAGAGUUAGGGAAUUUGCUGUCAAUUGUCUACAUAAAAUCAAAUCAGAUGAGAUUGUGGACUUCUUGCCUCAACUUAUUCAGGCAUUGAAAUAUGAAAGUUACCAUGCGUCUCCCCUUGCCUGGCUGUUGUUAGAACGAGCAAGUACAAGUGUAAGAUUUGCUCAUCAGUUGUUCUGGUUACUCAAAGGCACAGCAGCCCAAGACACCACAUACAAGCGUAGGUACGAGCUGAUGUUUGUGGCACUGAUUAAUGUGGCAGGUGAUCUCCUGUACCAAGAAUUUCGCAAACAGGAAGUAAUGGUCAAAAUUCUAACCACCAUAGGAGAGAAAGUCCAAGUGGCCAAGGAUAAAGAGAAUACUCUUAAGAGAGAAUCCCAGCAUUUACAGGAGUUCUUUGAUGAGAGAGGCAGUUGUUUGUUACCUUAUGAUCCGGGUCUUUGUGUCACAGGAGUGGAUCUAAAGUCGUGUUCGUAUUUUACAUCCAAUGCAGUGCCAUUGAAGUUGGUGUUUAGAAAUCCCAACAUCAGAGCAGAUCCAGUCUAUGUCAUGUUCAAAGUUGGAGAUGAUUUAAGACAGGACAUGUUAACAAUGCAGAUGAUUAAAAUAAUGGACAGGCUUUGGCUGAAGGCUGGGUUGGAUCUUAAAAUUAUAACAUUUGCUUGUCUAGCCACUGGACCUAAAAAAGGCCUGGUAGAACUGAUCACAGAAUCAGAAACUCUUAGAAAAAUACAAGUACAGGCUGGAGUUACUGGUUCAUUUAAGGAUCGACCAAUCAAAGAGUGGUUACAAGGUCAUAACCCCACAGAAUUGGAAUAUCAGAAAGCUGUUGACAACUUCACCAGAUCCUGUGCUGGAUAUUGUGUGGCUACUUAUGUCUUGGGAGUGUGUGAUCGUCAUAAUGAUAACAUUAUGUUAAAGCAGUCAGGUCACAUGUUUCACAUUGACUUCAACAAAUUUCUGGGAGAUGCUCAAAUGUUUGGCAAUUUUAAAAGGGACCGUGUUCCAUUUGUUUUGACCUCUGACAUGGCAUUUGUCAUCAAUAAUGGAGAGAAACACAGUGACAAGUUCCAGCUGUUUAUUGAUCUUUGUUGUCAGGGCUUUAACAUUCUCAGAAGGAAUGCAAACCUCUUCCUUAACUUAUUUGCUUUGGUAUACGUCAAUAUUAGAGAUCAAAUCAAUAUUGGAGAUCAGUUAUCAAGGUCGGGGAUUCCCGGAGUGACGGAAGGAGCAGCUCGGUACAUACAGAGGGCUCUGUUACCUGGCCACACAGAGGCUCAGGCAACGGCCAUGUUCACAAGAAUGAUUGAGGACAGUUUGAAAUCAGUAUUCACACAGUUUAAUUUCUUUAUCCACAACCUUGCUCAGAUGAAGUUUUCCAGCCAUCAAGAGGGUGCAUUACUGUCAUUUGUUCCAAAAACUUACAGUAUAAAUACAGAUGGUAAAAUUGAGAAUGUGGUCGUACACAGUUAUCAGAAGCGUUAUGAUCCUGAGAGACACUAUAUCUUUAUUUUCAAAGUGGAACGGGUCAACCAGAAAGUUCCUAUGUAUGUCUUUCGCCAUUAUUCAGAAUUUCUUGAAUUUCGAAACAAAGUUAUGGAUCUCUUUCCUCUUACUUCCUGGCCGCCACCAUUAAGCAAAUUUCAGAUGGGUCGAUCUCACGUGAAGAAAUUAGCUGAGGCAAGAAAGCAGGAAAUGGAUAGAUUUGUUCAUGAGUUAUGGAGGAAGGCACCAGAAGUCUGUGAGAGUGACAUUGUAUACACAUUCUUUCACCCUCUGUUGAGAGAUGAACAGGAAGCCCAGAAAGCCAGACUGAACAUCCCCAAACUUAAAGAGAACCAUGUGGAGCUGGUACCCCAGCGUUCACAGUUUGGGAUGGUGAAGCUCUCCAUUCAUCACCGGAAGAAUAUAUUACACAUCAUGAUAAUGCAUGCCAAAGACCUACCUGCCACAUCAGAACUGCCAAGUCCUUAUGUGAAAACAUAUCUACUGCCAGAUCCAGAGAAAGAGACCAAACGGAAAACAAAAAUUAUAAAACAUUCCACGCAUCCUACCUAUAAUGAAGUGAUUGAGUAUAGAAUGAGUCUUGAUGAAUUGAAACAAAAAAUUUUACAAGUGAGUGUCUGGGACCAUGAUGUUCUGAAAGAGAAUAAUCUCCUUGGUGCUGUGUACAUAAAGUUACGGGAGAUGGAUGUUUCUAAGGAAGUACCAAAAUGGUACAACCUGGAAAAAAUUCAAAUCACUAAUUCCAGCAUUGCUUAGCAACACAAUAAACAAAUCUGUAGACUGUUACUCAUUUACCAAGUUUGUAAAUUAAGGGCAUUGGUAAGCUACAAGUGCAGGAAGAAAACGUAGAUAGGAUUUUAUCAUUAAAAUGGUCAAAUUUAUUUUGAAACUAAUUUAAGGGGAUUUCUACCCUUGCUUGGUCUGAGGAAAGUUCAGUUUAAUAUUUUUUAGAUCUCAAAAGUAAAGAUAGCUUGUUGAGAUAAAUGUUCAGGACAUAUAUAAUGCUCUGUAUACAGUGUAUAUAUGUACACCUUCAUACAAUCCUUAAGUCAAAUUUGAACUCUGUGCAUAUAGGCUUUACAAAUGAGAAUAUGUAUCGGGGUACUAAAAAUGUCAACUCUUAUAUAACCUUAUUGAAUGUGGUUAAAGUCAGUGGUGUUUUUUUAUGCAUGUAUUUAUGUUUGAAUGAAUUUGGAAAAAGUUAAAACUGUUGAAUUACAUGUAUUUUCUUUUCUUGUCUCUGUUAAAAGUCAUUUCAGUACCUUUCAUUACAGGAGAAAGUGAUCGUAAGCUUGCAAUUUUUCUAAAAAAAAUUCUCAGUUAUUGAGAGCACUUGUUUGUUUGAAUUCUCUCUGCUUCAAGUCAUGUUAUAUCUGAAGAAAAAAGAAGUGGCUAAGAUUAUAGUGUUAACACUAUUUACAUUCUUUAAACACAAAUUGUCAACACAACAAAACACAAGUGAAGUGACAGAAAAUAGCGGCAAUUUAAGAACAAGUUCCAUCCUUUCUGUUGAAUUACACAGUUUCUUUUUUCACAACACUUACAUAUAUGUUACAUGUAUUUCAAAAUCUGUAAACUUUUUUAAAUUUUACCGAAGAAUAGUGCAAUAAAAUAAUUAAGAAGUUGUUCUAACUUUUUUGUAGAUUUUUUUUGUCAUAGUAUAAUUGAUUAAUUUAUGCACAAAGUUCAACUUUGACUCAAGGAUAUGGAACCUAGAUUCCAUUAGAAAUCCAGGAACCUUGCCAAUGUCCCUCAUCAACUCAAAAAAUAUUUUUAUGCACCAUUAGGUCACUGAGUAUAUUGGUCUUCUUCAUCAGCUAGUUGUAUGAAUUGAGAUGAACAUUUGUUUAUGUUAAUGUUGUGAUCAAAACUGCUUCUUCCAAAAGUGCUUCCUUGGAUGAACAAUUUGCUCAGAUCAACUGUUCAACCAUUAUAAGUUCUUAUCAUUUCAAGUCCAAGGGUACAAUAUUAUAAUUGUGUUGUGUUUCCAAGUAUCAUAACUAUGUGUAGGGUAAGCAAAAAAAAUAUGAAAAAUAAUAUGCAUUGUAUGCAUAAACUUUUUUAAAAUUAUUUAUUUUAUAUAAAGGUGAUUCAGUCUAGGAUGAGAGUUGGAAAAAUAAUUUUGCAUGGUCUCUUGUACAUAAAAAUUCUAUGUAGUACAGAAAAGUAAAAAUGUGCAAGGCCUAAGAGAAAACAGUUGUGAAUGACAUUUAAUUUUUUAAUUUUGCCUACAUAGGAAAUAUAUCAUGCUUACAUUCCUUUAAAAUUCACCAGAAAUACCAGAUACACAUGUCAAGAUGCAUUUUAACUGUAAACACUUGUUUAAAUUUAAAUACAUGCAUGUACCGGAAUAUGGUUUUCAUUUUAGUGUUAGUCAUAUUUUUCUAAUUAGAAAUCACAUCGUCAUAUAUGUACAUAAUUUAAACACAAGGAUUCAAAAGU